AACGGCGACAGCGCGCUGCACUGGGCGUGCUACCACGGCGAUUGGGACGUCGCGUCCGUCCUCCUGAACGCGGGUGCCGACGUGAACGCGUCGGGCGACUUGCGUAACUCGCCGCUGCACAUGGCGGCCACGGGGAGCCACGAGGUGCUGUGCGCCGAGCUUCUCGCGCGGGGUGCGAACGCCGACGCCAAGAACGAGUUCCAGGUUGUCCCGUCGUCGACGGCG